AUGAAUCCCACUCACAACAACUCAGCGUCAACACUAGCUCCGCCGCAGCCUCACCGUCCUUCCACCUCCUGUGAUCGUCACCCGGAGGAGCGUUUCACCGGCUUCUGCCCCUCUUGUCUCUUCGAGCGUCUCUCCGUUCUAGACAUCAACACCGUCGCGUCCUCCUCCAGAAAACCGCCGUCGUCCUCCGCCGCAGCUCUCAAAUCAAUCUUCAAACCCUCCUCUUCCUCCUCCUCCUCCGCCGCUCCGCCGUCGCUGUUCCCGGAACUUCGGAGGACGAAAUCGUUCUCGGCGAGAAAGAACGAAGCUUUACUCUGUUUAGGUGCGUUUGAGCCGCAGAGGAGAUCAUGCGAUGUUAAGGUAAGGAACACUCUCUGGUCUCUGUUCAACGAAGACAACUCGGAACAUAUAAAGGAAGGAACUUUAUCAGUAAAGGAAGGAACUUUAAGAGUUAAUAGUGAGAUUAGUCUCGAAACUAGAAAGCCCAUUAAGUCCUCCCCUGUUUUCGAAGAGGGCAUUGAUUGUGGGAAGAAGUUAAAAGAACAGAGGAGUUUAAUCGACGAGAUCAUCGAAGAAGAAGACGAAACAGAGAAGGUGAAGGAGCACAUAGAGAUGAAUCCUCCACCUCCACCUCCUCCUCCGACGACGACGACGACGAAGAAGCCCACAAGGAGUUUCUGGUCCGCGGCGUCGGUUUUGAGCAAGAAGCUACAGAAAUGGAGACAAAAGCAGAAGCUUAAGAAGCAUCGCGGCGGCGGCGGCGGCGCGUUACCGGUGGAGAAGUCUGUCGUGAGGCAGCUCAGAGACACUCAGUCUGAAGUAGCGGAGUACGGUUACGGACGGAGAUCAUGCGACACGGAUCCGAGAUUCUCUAUCGACGCCGGGAGAUUCUCGCUUGACGCCGGUAGGGUUUCGGUGGACGACCACCCUCGUUACUCUUUUGACGAGCCACGCGCUUCUUGGGACGGGUAUAUGAUCGGGAGAACCGUGGCGGCUCCGCCGCGGAUGCCGUCUAUGUUAUCUGUUGUGGAGGAUUCUCCGGUUAGUAAUCACGUUCUCCGGUCAGAUAGUCACAUUCCGGUGGAAGAGCAAACACCACCGCCACCAGGACCGGAGAGUGUUGUCCCUGGUGGUUCUGAACAGACACGAGAGUAUUACAACGACUCAUCUACACGAAGGAGGAAGAGUCUUGACCGUUGUAGCUCCACCAGAAAGUUAUCAGCUUCUGUUAUAGCUGAGAUCGAUGAACUGAAACUGUCUGCUUCAAACACUAAAAUCUCGCCAAAACAUUCGCGCUCACGUUCUAGUUCAGUGAGGGGAGAUUGCUCCGUUGAGAAUUUGGAGAUGGGAGGCAGAGAGACUGUGGAGUCUAGCAAGAAAGGGAUGAAGAAGUCUAAGAGAUGGAGUUGGAAUAUAUUUGGUCUGCUUCAUAGGAAAAAUGGUAACAAAUACGAAGAGGAGGAAGAUAGAAGCGGUGUUGAUAGAACGUUUUCAGGGUCAUGGAAUGUAGAGAGUAGAAAUGGGUUUGAUCCGAAGAUGAUGAGGAGCAAUAGUAGUGUGAGUUGGAGAAGUUCAGCUGCUGGAGGUGGAGGGUUUCAACGGAACAGUGUUGAUGGUGGAUACAUUAGUGGUAAGAAGAAGGUUAGUAACAGUAGUAGUACUAGUAUUGGGAGAAAGGUUGAGAAUGGUAUGUUGAAGUUUAACUUGACGCCUAGUAAAGGAAGGCGAACAGGAAGCAUGGAUUCUACGAGCCGGCCGGUUCCGGCUUCUCAUCCGUUGGGUAGAAAUGUCAUGAAUUAUUACUGACCAAAUUCAAUAUAUUUUCUUAGAUGAUGUAGUUUGAAAUAAGUUGUAUUGAGUGAGAAUGUUCAGUCUGAUUCUUGUGCUGGGAUUUGGUUGUUCAGUUUUAGAAUUUCUUGGGGUGUAUACAUAACCUUUAGUUAUUACUUUUUUCUUAUCUUUAUUAGUAUAUGUCAUAACAUAUGACUUAUGAUUGAAGUUAUGACAUGUGAGAUUUGAUAGCUAAAUCAG